UGUUCGUGCCACAGACGCGUUUCUUCGCGUCUUACAGAUUGAACUCGAACAACAUCAAAAGACAUUGAGUACUGAAAGUUAAACUGUCGUCUUCAACUUCACCUUUCAACAUGUCUCGGCGUAAGAAGAAAUCACUUUUUACGCGUAAAAAAAUAUCAAAACCAAAGUAUACAAUGGGCAUACCCACCGAUAGCGAAUGGAAAACGAUGCCAAAUUUUGCCUCAUUUAUAGUUGCUGAUGAAGAGGGAGAGGAGCAUACAUUUUCCAUCCAAGAAACCGCAUUUAUUCUACCGGAAGGGGUGCUUCCGGACAAAAUGCACCAUCCAACUGCGUACUGGAUUGGUAGAAUCAAACAAAUUAGAGCAAGAAACGAUGAAGAUGUCUGGGCUCUCGUACAGUGGUACUGGUCGCCUCAGGAAGUCAACUCUGUGAUCAAGUCUUUUGAUGUCAGUGGCUGCGGUCAAUAUGAACGGAUCAUGUCAGAUUACUACGAUUAUGUAUCCACAGCAAGUUUCUGUGAUCAUGCAGCUGUCAUGAGGUACGAUGAACGCUCUAUCGGCCAAGAGGUGUUUGACUCCGAUGAUUUCUACUGUCGUUACGACUUGGAAUACCGCGCCCGGAAAAUCCUCCCAAAUGUUACACGUUCUGCUUGUUGCUGCGGUGUAUCUUAUAAUCCCGAUCGAGACCCGGUAAUGCAUUUCUGCCCACGUCCAGCUUGCCGCGCAGCCUACCAUCAAGAGUGUCUGCAAAGACCGACACAAAGAUUAGAUCCAGCUGCCAGAGCCCGAAAGUUUAUCGAAAGUUGGCCCGAUACAGAUGAACAGCUAUCUAUCGAAGACGUAGUCGGCUCACAGCAAUGUCGUAAAAGGAGAAAGAGACCUGAAUAUGCGAUCUCAGAUCCCCUUGAGCAAUUUCCGGAAGAGCUUGUCAAGGCGGCUCAGCAACAGAUUGUAAAAGGCGUGCAAGCGGGUGGCGUUGUCGGGAAUGUGAAAGCGGUGGUGGCGGCUCGCCAACUGAUCUACUGCAGUUUGCUUGAAGGUUCUUCUUUGCCUACUGACUGGAAGGAUAAGGUGGACGUAGAAGCAGCUAUUCCCCCGAAGAGGAAAAGCUCCCCUGUGUUUGUAUGUCCCCAGUGCCAAAGUCUCAUUUGAUGUGAAGGACAUUACGGAGGUUCUCGCAUUGAUAUCCUACUCAUCCAUACCUUUUCAUUCCGCACACGGUGCUUAAUUUAGACAACUAACCAUGUAGCAUAUACAGUACUGCACGAGUCCUAUAUUCUGUACAAAUUACAAAGCCAACGAUUCUCAGGGGCAUAUGACUCAACUUGAAUUCAGUA